AACAGUUGCCAUGGUCCGUAUAAUCUGUAUAGUUCUGAUCGUCGCUGCAGCUAUGGUAUCUGCAGCACCAAACGAUAAACCACAUUAUGAUUUGAACGACGCUCCAGAACUUUUCGAAAAAUUUAUUGAGGAACACCACAGAGUAUAUAAAAAUGAUGCAGAUCGGGCAGAACAUUAUAAAGCAUUUUUGAAGAGCCUCCAAGUGAUAAACGAUGCUAACAGCGAACCAGGACAAACUGCAACGUUCGACAUCAACGAAUUUGCUGACUAUACUCCUGAAGAAGAAAAGAUGCUUUUUGGGGUAAAAGACCUUACUGAAAUGAAUUGAGGGCGAUGAAGAGAUUUUCGUUGAAGAUAACGUAACAACAUUUUCUGUAUGAUAUUACUAGCAUUAACAAUAAAAGCAGUUUGUUACAA